UACGCAAUUGCAACCCCAACAUGAAACCCAAGCAUUCUAGUAUUUCCCAGCCCAACCAAACGUGGCUCAUUCCAUCCACUCAUUUCAGUAUAGAUACAUAGAUGGUAUGCAUAAAAACUCCCCUAGCUAGUCAUAUGAUGGACUGAUGCAUAUCUCAGUGCAACGAUGCUCAAGAAUGGUGUGGAUACUCAGCAGUGCCACAAAAUUAGCAGUGUCGGCAGAAAGGGGAGGAGAGACGAAGUUUACGUGGGAGCAGUGCCCUUAAGAGCUGCAAAGGGACCAGCCCAGCUGGUUAUGUCAGCCGCGUACUCCCUCAACCUUUGGGAUUUGCAGCACUUCAUCGUCAUCAUCAAGCCCUCCUCAUCUCCUCUCUCUCAGGUAUUGGUAUUUGAUUUUCAACCUCAAGAUCCUGAAAAUCUAUAUGUAGCACUUGCUGCUCUAUCUGGCCAAAAAAUACCGGGAGUUGUUCUAACGAGGAAGUUGCCGAAGCUACCAAAGAGAAAAUGCUGGUUCAUUGGGCAAUCCAGAUUAGAUGCUGUAGAUGCAGCAAACAGAUUCAAUGAGAAUUGGCAAACUGAUUUGAGAAUCGGCCAUCACGACUGUCGAAAUUACACAAAUGGAUUAGUCGAGUAUCUCACUGGUGAAAAAUAUGCCUUGGAGCACCUAGCAAGAAAGCAGGGUAAAUGAAGUCAGAACCACAAAAUAGAACCCAAGGAUAAUUUACAUCGGAAACUCUUUACUGAAAGCUUCGUUAGCUUCUUGUGAUUUACAGGAUAAAUUCAACAAACGGUGGUACAGCUUAGGUCUUCAUCGACAUCAGUAGCACAGAGAGAAGCAGAAAAAGGUCAACCUAUACAUUGAUACUGUUUUCAAGUAAAAAGAACUGAAGUUGCGCGAAGAAGGAAAAGCAUACACGAAAAAACCAUCUGUUACUAGCACGGAAGAGCCAUAGAUAUAAUAUUCACUUGUAGGGUAGCGCUAAAUGGAUAACUUAACUAAGAAAGCUUGAUUUUUGUGAAUCACGUAGCGUGUAUAACACCUACCUACCAUAUCUUGGCACCAGAAAACAAAAGUGUGCAACAGAACCAAAAAGAAACAUAUCCACAGCAUUACACCAGAUGAAAAGUCAUAUUACCUGGUCACGAAUUUAGAAGCUUUAGCAUUCCCCUCUUUUCUUUUUCUUUUUUCUUGGAAUGAACGAUACAACUAAGCUGCAUCCUUCGGGGCCUUCCUCAGUUCCUCUUCUUUAUUCGAAUUCUCGUUUCUAUUUCGCAAGAAUAUCUGAGACAUCCGAUUUGGCUUCUUUUGAUUCGUCAAGUAAAAUAAGGCUACCGAUGCAAGUAGUUACAUGAAUUGGAUUGAUAUGAGAUUCAGGGACAGGGAUGGGAAGACUCUUAAAAUGUCUACUCUUGUGGUCAUACAGGAGAAGCUCUUCUCCGUCAAUGCUUACUGCCGGUGCUUUACCAUCCUUUUGUCAACCUUAAUGGACGAGAGAUCCAAAAACUCCAUUCCACAGUAAGAAACUUAAACCAAGAGUUCACAACACCAUACUCCUUUCAUUCAUGACCCAAAUUUCCCAUCUAAAGCAAUCAUAGGGCGGCCUCUUGUGACAAGACGAGAACAAAGAGAGGGAUUCCUUAAACACCCCUAGAAAACUGUGCCAUAAACCAUUAUCGCACUUGUCACAAAACUUUGGGGGCGUAAUCUCCCUACAUGUUUCAGUAUCCAUGUUGAAUGCUAGGAUGUAGUUAUCCUUGCCCAUAUUUUCAUCCAUCAUAGUUGGAGUUGCCUCCAGAGCUCCAUUCACUACCACCCCCGAUACGUCAUAGCCAAUAAAGCAUGAAAUAUCGUGCUUACUAUUUUUCUACGAGUUGGUACCCAAUGUUUACAACUAUACAUCUCGACUUGAAGCAUAGGAACUCUGGCACCAUUGUCCUGACCAGCUAAUUCUUUCAAAUUGCACCAUGCCCUCACCAACUUGUAGUCAUCAAUCCGAGGAACAGAGCCAAAGCCAAAAACUGAAUGCUCGGAGGAGCUAACACCUGAGUUGGGGAUUACUAUACUCCUAUUGACAGCAGGAUUCCAGAGAUAACUAUUUUCAGGUCCGGAAAAACAUUGCAACGCAUUGCAGGAACCAACAAAAUUGAGUCUUCUUGACACGGAAUUUCUAAUCUGCAGAGGAAGCUCAAUUUUCAUGUGAUUGUUGAAUGUCUCAUCAGCAUCUCAUCAGCAUAGUAUAAGAAGUAGCCUCCCUCUCCAUCUCUUCCUACUGGUUGCUUAAAUAGUAGAUAGCAUUCGAUUGCUGAUUGGUUAAA